AUGUGGCCGCUACGGGUCUACACCCGCAAGAAGAGGACCGGCCAGAGGCUCAACCUGACCCCGACGCCAGACCCCGGCCCACCGGUGAUGGCAGAGGCACUCCCAGGCCUGAAAGGACCCGGCAAAGCUCAAGGGCUGCGGAAGAUCGCCGAGAACGCGGAGCGCAGUGGGCGGGGUGGUAGCAGCCCUGGGCUGCCCAGCUCUCAAGUAGGAGUUGCAGGAGAGAGAAGCCUGCGGGAAAGUAGCACUAGUGAAGAAGAGACUGAAGAUGAGAAGAUUGCUCCAUUGAGCGAUUCAGUGACUGAUGAUCUCCAGAUUGACAGUAGUUCAUCAACUAGUGAACUAGUAUCAGGACUAAGUUUGCAGCAUGAUAUUUCUAGCUCUCUUCUAAGCUAUUCAAUCACAGAUUCUUCUAUAGAAUGCAAAAGUUUUGAAGAGAAUUUAAGUAGCUUCCCAUCACCUGAACUCUUCAGAGGAUCGGAUUAUUUAGAUUGGGAAUGUCCCAAGUUGGAAGAACACAUGCAAUGCAAGAAUUCUACUCUUCUGGAUACCAGUAAAGCAGUAGCAAUAGAGAAGGCACCACAGUUUUCAAACCUCUCUGCAAUUUUAGAUAAUGCAGCUUGUGAAGUACUUGCUGAGAAAACUUACCCUUUAACACCUGAAAAAACAAAGAAAAAAAACACAAACCCCACUAUUCUUGAUAAGAAAAGCAGAGGCCUGUUAACAAGUACUCCGACUUCGCAAACAGCUGGUUUAGAGAUUGAUCUGUCCUCAGUACAAAAAUCAUCUUUGGACGAACUAUUUCCAAAUGUCAGCAGGUGUGUUAAUUCAGAUGAAAUUGUUCCUGUGUCAAGUUCCCAGGAAAAUUCUUCAAAUGAGGUUCCUUUAAAUACAUCAGAAAUAUGUUGUAUUAUUAGAGCAUCACCAGGCACUAGACAAGUGAAAAGUAAAGGUGUUAUUGUAAAGAAGAAGAAAUAUUCUCUUCCUAAAGAUAUUCCUCAAGAGCCUGUCCUGAGCACUCCCUAA